UUGACUCAAUUUGGAAAGUCCCUCCUCCCUCUCUGCAACUCUUUUCCUCACAGUUUCUCUCUCCUAAACCGAUAUAUACUCUUUCUCUCUCCUUAAACAGAAGCUUGGCCCCAAAACUCUCUCUGGUACUGGCAUGGUGAUCAAGGAACAAGGAAAAAAAGGCUGGAAAGGAAUGGGUCGACGAGCGAUAGAGAUCAAAUACAUAGAGAAUAAAAACGCUCGCCAUGUGACAUUCUCUAAACGGCGUCUUGGGCUCUACAGAAAGGUGUUUGAUUUAUGUAUAGAUGGAGGAGCAGAGUGUGCGGCGGUGCUCACUUUCUCAGAAGCAGGUAAACCCUUCCCCUUUCUGUAUCCUCACACCGACUCUGUCCUGCAAAGGUUCAUCCAAACUCAAGACCCCAACAAUCAACAAGCCUCCUCAUCUUCUUCGCAACCUACUGGGCGUGUGCACGACCCCUUGAUGGAGGAGUACUAUGGGUUGGUGAAAGAGCUGGAGGCAGAGGAGGCGCUGAGCUUUGCGCUGAAUCAGAGGACACCCAAAUUUGGGUCUGGGUCCGGGUCAAGGUCAGGCUUUUGGUGGGAGGCCGACAUGACAAGGAUGGGGCAACAAGAAUUGAAGCGCUGGGCCAUUGCACUUGAGACACUGAGGGAGAUGGUGGCUAGGCGAGCAUUUGAGGUCCAGGCGAGCGUGAACCCAAUUGGGGAGGGCUCAACUCACAUGGCCCAAGUCUGUUGCAGUCCUGUUGAGCACUCCAGCCCAUUGGAGGUCCCUGAGGAUUCGAGCGAAGUGGGGUCUGGCGCAGUGGAAGUGGGUGGGAGUUUUGAGUAUGAGGAGGAAGAGGAGGAGAAGAGAUGGGGGGUAGCAGCAGAGGAGGUGCCUGCAUGGUGGUGUUGGAGUGAUUGUACUCCUCCUACCUGCUGAUAUUUUCUCAACUUUUCAAUAGCGACACCAGAAGAAGAAGAAUUAGUAAGUGAGGGGAGCAGUAAAAAGGCACAAUACUUUAUUUAUUUAUUUAGAUCCUUAUCUUUCUAGUAGGUAUUAGUUGGGUCCAUGUUCUCUAUCUUCAAUUUACCUCGGUUUUGUCUUUGAAUUCCUUUUUGUUUGUAUAUAACCUCCCUGCUCCCUGGUUUCAUGCUCGUUUUUUUUUAGGGCUUUGAGGCUGGAGAGAGAAAGAGAGAGAGAGAGAGAGAGGUGAAUGUAUUUUCUUUGUUUUUGUAGAUUUUUAGUUCUUGGGCUCUAAACAUAGUACAUUACAUUGUUUAUUUUAAUUAAGUACAAGGCACGCAUUUUUCAUCUGAUAUUUUUUGAAGCUGCUUCAAUGUACGUUAGUGUCAAUAUCUUCAUUGAUCUGCUCU